UACGGAGAGGAGACUGCUGCUGACCACAUUGUGACAGCUACACAGCCUGCACUGUCAGCUCCAUAGGCAUCAUGUGGGGCCUGACAGGAUUUCAAAGAGCCUGGUGCACUCAGACCUAACUGCAAGUGGCAAGCCACAAGGGACAGAAGCCAGCCACAAAAUGAGUUCACUUCUUCCUCAGCCCACUGACUGGGUUACCCAGCCAAGAGUGGAGUCUGGAUUGACACGUACGUACAUGUGUCGUCACAGAAAUGGUAUGUGAAUGGCAGAGGGACGGGGACCUUGAUUUCAUCAUUUGUUCCUUCAGCCUGAAGUGCUGAGUAGAAGAAACAUUGCUGCAUCUCCUCAAACCCUGCCGGGCAAUCGCAGGAGCCAUUGCUGCUGGCUGGAGCUUGAGUCAGGCAGUCUGCUCUGCCUUGGGCUCGAUCCUGUUACAGGCGUUUUCCCUAAUGCUAACAUGGAUCAAACCUAGGUUAGCCUGUCUCAGCUUGGGAAGUAUUGCUCCAGUAAUUAGAAAUUACCUAAAAUAACAAGGUGCUGCGAUCCCUAGCUAGAAACAUCAGUCAGCAAGGAGGCAAGCUGCAGCUGCCACAGGCCUCGGCCUGCCACGGCCGGGGACGCAGGCUGGAGUCGCCUCUUUCGUCCGAGCAGCUCCCAGCCUCGCAGGUUGGGCAGAAGCCUUCUGUGGAGGUGAUCACCUGUCAGACUAGGGCAAUCAUCAGCACUGUCUGGAAGGAGAGGGAGACCGGAUCCACUGCUGAAGCAGCAAAUAACAGGCAAGACACUGAACAGAUUUCAAUAAUUCUGGAGCCAAGUGGAGACAGAUAGCUGAAACAUGAAGAUACCUGGAAAUAAGACGAGGACAGUCAAGCUGUACUUCUCCAACUGGGGCUCCCAACCCUGAAGACUUGCAGAAAAGCUUACAGGGAAUCUUGAAGGUUUAGAAAAAAAUUGUAUUUUAACUGACUUCCUAUUAAAAGGAGAAUAAAAUGAAAAAGCUAGACCAGAAAACAGUAUAGGUAAACUGUUCUGAUUACUUGUUUUUCACUGGCAGUCAUUUCCCCAUCGUGAGAAUAUGGAUAUAGACAGGAAGGAAUUACAGCUGGUUCUCCCUGCCCUGUGGGGAGAGCUGUCCUGCUCAUAGGCACUCAGCUGUUCACAGCUGGGAGAGCUUCACCGGCAGGUAAGCCUUCUGGACCUCAAUAAGCCCAGUUGAAAAAAGAAAUUGAAGAAAAUUGAAGAAACUGCAAUAGCAUGUGAAUGCUCCUGAGAUCAAAAUUCUGUUACUAAACCUGGCUGGAAAUACCACCACGGAACAAUAACCCUUCUCUUGUGUGGUUCUUCCCGGAUAAUGUCAUGGCAGCAGUGUGGUUUCCGACCUGUUGAAUUGGUUACACUAAUCUCUUCGUGAAACAGGAGGCUUACCUGUGUGCACACAGUUAAAUCCAUAGCAACUACUGUAAGAGGUAAUAUUUCUGACCUUUCUUUUUUUCGAUUUAGCAAUAUCUGUUUAUAGUCAGUACCAAGCCAUAAUAAAGUACAGCCUUUGCUGGAUUGGUAGUGCUCAGUCUGGCUGAAUGUGUGCUUUCUUAGAUCCCCAAACUCAACAGAUAAGAUAGCUAAGCUUUCACUGAGAUGUUGGUUGAAGCAGAAAUGAGUAAAGUAAUUAACAGUGUACUAUUCAGUUUUAAAAUCGAUAAACUGUAAAAUAAGACCCAGAAGAAAGAUUGCUAAUACUAUAGGUCUGGAUCAGCAAGAUAUGUAAAAAGUGAAUCCAUCUAACAUAAAUUCACCAGAGAACAUUUAAAAAAAUCAAUAGAGCAUUAAGGCCAGAUUUACAGGAAAUUGCAGGAGAACCAUUCUGGUUGGUACCACAAAACACUGAACGUAAUGGCAAGGCAGCUGCCCAAGGUCAAUAUCCUCUGGAGUGAUCUUCAGGUUCACCAUCUCCUUGCAAGCAGUCCAGAUGUGGAAUUCCUCCUAAGCUCAAGAAAAUUAAAAGAAACAACAACCAGAUAUUCUCCAGAGCCACUUAUUCUGUCUCUGUUUCAACGUACCAAGGUGCUGAUCUUUUGGAUUUUUAAGUCUAGCAGAACUGUACUCAACAGUUACAAGACUCACAUGGAAAUCUGAGGGGAAUGGCUUUGGGUGGACAUGGCCAGGUCUGAUGAGGUUUACUUUGUUUUCCAGUUAUUUGUAUUUUCCAUUUCUGUAAAACUAAAGCCUACCUGCACUCCUAAGGCUUUUACAGGAGCACAACUAAAGUCAAACAAGGGAAGCCUUAGGGCUUACACUACCAUCCUUAGGCUGUGGUGGGUAAAUAGCUGAGCACGGGAUGUGCAAGGCUGUGAACUUGGGAUAUCUCCUGGGCACUGUGGUGCUCUGCAUGAAGGCUAAAUGAGAGAACCGAGCAUUUCCCACUUGCCAUGAGGAUCCCUGGGCUCAGAGUGGACCUGCAGCCAGCUACUGCAGAAUGAUUUGCAAGUUCAUACCUUUGCUAACACUUCACAUUAUAUACCUGCUGAUGCUUUUUUGGCCAUAGAUGUGGACUUUUAAAAGUGGUAAAAAAUUACUCUUUUGAUAAAAUUUACACAAAUGCCACAGCUGUACCAGAACUAAAGCUCUCUGCAUAAUCCUGCUGUAAUAGGUUGAACUUUAGUUACUGCUCUCCAUGGUGGUCAGCUAGGUGGUUCAGGGGAAGGUUUGCUGGAGUUUCCACUUUUGCUUUGUACUUUUUGGUAGCAAGGAUGUCAGUGUUUGUUGCUCUCCCAGAUAUAGCCAGCUUUUCCAUGAUAACUACCUCUUCUACACAAGAGGAAGGAAUAACUCUGCUAUAAGGAGGUUGUUUUCAGGCCUCAGGAGAAAAACUGUUAGAUUAAAACCACAGUAAUUAUUUGUUAGCAGGAAAACUGUAUGCAAACAAAAAGUCCUUGAGGUAUAUAUUUGCUGAACCUACACUGCUGUGUAACAUCAGUCUGCAAAAUACUUGACUGCAUUAAUCCUGUAAAUGCCAACAGAUCAUAUGUUGUAUUUGCAUUUAUUUUUACCAUCACCGAAAAGUGUUCAGCUGAGAUGCCAAUGAGAUUUUUUGUUUGUUCACAUUUAAUUCUGACCAGCUGGUGGAAAAUACAGGUGUGAUUUUACACAGAAACAAGGCAGUCUGCUCAGUAAUACGACAUCCUGGGAAUGUUGGGAGGCAGAGGAGACUUCCACUGUUAAUAGAGGUCUGAAAUUAUAGCCAGAGGCGAUACACACACACUUGAGUUUUCUUUACUUCCUUUCCAUUUGGCAAGAGUAGUAUAAUUCAACAGUUAGGAUUUUGGGGUGCAGUGACUUGAUAUAGGACAUGAUCCUGAGGCCAAAUGUAUAAUUGCAUCAUUAUUGUUCCCAUACUUUCCAGUGGAUGCAGGACUGAGAAAGAAAAAAUAGUCACUUUCUGUUUUGCCUUCCCAGGCACCAUAGCAACUGAAAGGCAACUCUUAAAACAACCAUUGUUUUUUCUUCCUAUCCCUUUGUUCCAUAUGGUGCCACCCAUCAAACUGUACUGACACGCAGAUCCAUGGAUGCCAAUUAUCGGUGUGUAGGAGAUGCAUUGUACACAGGGUUUGAUGACUGAUGCUGAAUUUCAUAAGCUGUCUGCUUUGAUACUUGGCAUGCCCUGAGACAGUAUGUCCAUGGCACAGCAUGUCUUUCUCUGAGGUGAGACUAUGCACUGUCACCCAUGGACAGAGCCAUGCUGAUUACUGUAUGCUGGCGAAGUGUUCAAGCAUGCUGGGGGCUCUGGGGAAAUAAUCGUUCUGUGUUGGUUGACAGGAGAAGGAAAGUCAUAGUUAAAACAAUAGUUAGACUUGGCCAUGCAGGUGAACGUGGGAGAUUCUGGUGGACAUGUCAAGACUUCCAAAACAGUUGUCUGAACUUAGACAGUUUUAUUUUAGGCACCUAAAUGAAUAAUGUAACUUACUAUUUCACUAUUUUGACUAUAGUAUUAGACGCUUGGCUUGCGUGCACGCUAGUUUUCAAAUACUGGGAGUAAUCCUUUGAUGUUUGAUGUUACUUAAAAAGCUUCUGGAUACCCUUGCACCCCUGGUGAGAAGAGCACCUAGAGCUGGGAGGUGACAAAUCUCUUGUCUGUGUUGCUUGUGUUCUGUGUAAACAGCAAAGUACCGUGAUGUCGUAGCAGCAAUGUGCGGCUGUGUGCGGUGCUCACCCAGAGGUAAGUGACUGCAGUAAACAGUAAGUGUCAAGACACAAGAGUUGUAACAAAUUUACUCUUAUUCUUUUUUCAAGAAUAGUUCCUUUGCCCAAACCACAGCUUGGUCUUUCAUAGCCUACUAUGGAUGCUUUUUUAUGACUACUUAAAAUCCACCAGUGUUUUUUCUGUAUAACACAUAAUACCAACAUACACAUACCUUCCUUUCUGUGUUCUCCACAACAUGCAAGCAAUGUUGCUUACUUCGCAUCACACAAGAUGAUGAACAAUUGUGUUAAUACAGUCUUUUUUGACUAGGUAAGACUGAAACAUUAGCCAAUGUGGAGCCUAUGAAAAAAAAUCAACUUUUCUUCUGAACAGACCACUCCUGGAAGAAUAUGAAGAGUUCCUUCUCCACAACAGAGAAUCUUCCCAUUCUCUCAUUGCAUCCCCUGCUCUGACACUGAGGUCUGAUGGUCAGAGCAGCGCAGCACAGCACAGCAGCAGUGUGCUUGCCAGCAAGCCAAGAAAAGGUAUCCAAAUGGACGUUGGAAAUGCCAAGUGUGCUGUAGGGUAUGUUGGUAUGUUACAGGGCAUGACAUUCAGCCUGGACAAUUUACAAAUUGACUGUAUGGGAAGCAAUAGAUGAGAAUUCAGUAUUUGUGUAUCAUGCAUUAAUAAAGGCAGGGGAAGGUUUAUCGUCUGUAAAUAAGAUGUUUUGAUUCACUGAAGCAAAAAUGUUUGUCAUCUAUAAAUAGGAUCAUUUAAUUCACUGGAGCCAUUGUGACACAAUUUUACAACAGGACUGAAAGCCAUUUUUAUUGAUGACUACAAAUCAAUUGUGGUGUUUGACACAAAUUGGUGCAAAACAUCAUCUGAUCCCGUUUAUGACUCUCCUACUUCGGUACACUUGGAAUGUUGUUCUGUAUCAUUUCACAUCUGUUUAAUCGAGCUAAUAUUCCAUCUGCUUCAUUGGAGUGAUAAUGUGAUGAGCUCAAACUCAAAUUACUGAUAAUGAGCAACUUGUUCAUUUCUCAUCAAAGAGCUAGCUGAGGGACUUGAUUUUUUUUUCUAAAGCCCACGAGGCUUCAUUCUCUUCUAAACAUUAGAUUUUGCCGAAAGAAAAGAAAGUCUCCACUUCAGGCAAAAACGUCUUUUGGGACCACAGAAUUUGCUUACAAGUUUCAGCUUGUCCUUGAGAAGAGCUGGUCAAAUUGGCUAAGGAAAACACUUUGCUUCCAAAGGCAUUUGCAUCCUCUGCUUCAUUUGCCUGUUUAAGGACUCAGCAUAGAAGAUUUUGCUUUUCUCCAAGUCGGACAAUCAUCCCCAAAUCCUAAGGAAAUGAACUUCUUUCUCUGUGGUUCGACGACAAGAAUGAAUGCAACUGCACACCUCCUCCGGGAGGCCAAGUCCAACAGCUCCUCAAAUGUGAGCAAAGCUUCUUUGUACUACUUGCUGGAGGAAUGGGCUCUCAACCCACGAGACACAAACAUGAAGAUGUUUUUAAUUCCUCCAGUUGUCUGCCUCGUGGCAGGUGUCCUCAUUAUUCCUUCCAUCUUGUUUGUGAUCUUCUCGAGCUUUAGCAUCCGAAAGGAAACGAGGUACAUGCUGCUGGGGAAUGCUUUGCUGUGUGAUCUGAUAUACCUUUUGUUCUACACGCUGUCAGCUGCUCUCAGUGCAGCACAUGUAAGUCUCCCAAAGGAAGCCUGUGUUCUCCAGUUAUUUCUGCUGGCAGUGGCUUACUGCGGAGGACUGUUCACAGCUGCUGCCAUAGUGGUGGACACGUACAUAGCAAUUUUGUUUCCUUUGCGCUACGUUACUAUUUUGCCUUCUUCACGAACAAAAAAACUCAUUGUAUUUCUGUGGAUCUGUUCGGGGGCUCUCCCGGGGAUUUUCUUCUUGGUGCUAUCCAGCACUCACAACUUUGUGCCCUGCGUCCUGGAAAUGUGCUCAAUUCCACUAAUAAUAAUAUUAACUCUGAGUGGGACUGAUGCUGUGAAGCUCUGUUUCUGGCUGUCUGCUAUGGUUAUCUUUCUCUUCCUGUCUCUGAUAUUUUGUUGCUAUGCUAUUCUUUAUUUUAAAACCAGGCAAUCAGGUAUAUGGGAGAGCAUCUGUUCCAGAGCCAGUGUGACAUUCUUAAUGCACAACACUGUGUUGUUCUUUUAUUUCUCUCCGCUCUUGGUUCUUUUUGUAGAAUCAUUCUUUUACGUUAACAUUGUCAUUGGACUGGAGACAGGAAUCUGGGUCUCCCUGACAAUCUGCAAUGUCCUGAUGAUUCUACCUAAAGUUUUGUUCCCUUUUCUGUAUGGACUUCGAUACAGAGAGAUCUCAGCAUCUCUCAAAUCCAUCGUCAGAAGGAAGCAUCUUCACCUGGUAUCACCUGCUCCAUCACCGUCCUGAGGCAACGCAGAGGACAGCUACAACAGAAGAGUUGUCCUUAACUUGUUUGCAUGCAAGCCUGGUGGAAAUCACUCAGCUUCUUUUGCAAGAUGUGGGCUGAUCACUCUGCCUCCUUGGUGCCAGAAGGGCACAAGUCUUUCAUCACAUCACGGUUGGGAUUACAGCAGAUGCUGCCCUGGACAAAAUUCUGCGCUUUGUUGUGAUGUGGGAGGGCAGCGUAUUUUGGAGGACAUGGUGAGUCAGGAUCAUUUCUAUCCAUCCAUGGCAGAUGUCUUCCUGGAAAAUAGAAAAUGAAAAAUAGAUGGUGCAAAGCACAUGGGUGUAGGGCAAAGAGGGUAACCGCAGGUCUCUUGACAGAACUGCCUACAGGAGACAGGAUUCUUAACCAAACAAACGUACUGUGAGCAGAGCAGCUAUUUUUUUCAUUCAUGGUGUACUUGUGCAAGGUUGGUAGCCACUGUUCUGUUCUGUAACGCGUCAUGAGAUGCCUCUGGAAACUGCCAUACUUAGUGAAACGCUGUGCUUCACCUCGGGCAGUGUGUUAGAGUACUGUCUGCCUUAUGGAUUCUGUCUGACAAUGUGCAAAACACUGUGUUUUUGUAAAAUCUCAUUUUGAUGGGAAGUCAUCUUUGAUCAGUGUCUGUUGGGCAGCUCAGUGAGGGAAGAUGAGCAGGAGCAGCGGGUGGUAAAGGGGCAAGCAGGCAGUGCCUGCCGCGGGGUGCCAGGCUCAGCCCAGAGCCCUGGGUCCCUGCCAGGUCCCUGCCGGGUCCCUGCCAGUGCUGCCAGGUCGCAGACUCUCUCUGCCUUCUCUGUACUUAAAGCAAUACCCCAAAAGUGCUGUUUGUGUGUUUAGGGUGUUUCACACUCAUCUGAAGAACGGCACUAAGCAGGAGCCAGGAGGAGAUCAGUGUCUGUUUGCACAAGAUGUUUUUGGCAGUGCAGCCUGUUUGAGAGGUUCCUGCUUCUCUCCCUCAUUCCCCUCAUUCCCCAGGUGCUGGUUACUCUGCUCACUCCACGGUUUGCUGAUCUCCCCAGUCUGCUAAUGCAACUGCUCGUGGGGUUGCAGGCUAAAAAUAUCCCUCCGAAGAGAAGUGGUGUUGUUUUCAUCUUAACCAAGAUUAUCCCAGGGAUCUGUUUAUUAGCAUGUUCUGCAAACAUCUGUGUCAGCACAACUGAGGGGGUGACAAAUUUCAUGUCAGAGGUGAGGCACCUUGGGGGCUUUGCUGUGAAGGGACACUUCUUGUGUAAGAGCAUCUUUAAGCUAAAGUUGUUGCAAGUGAAAAAGAUACAUAUUUGUGCAUAUUUGCUUUAAGCAUGGUUCUGUGCUUCCCCUAUUUUUACCCAAAGGAACAUUAAAUUACUGAGUAACUGCUUUGUUUUCCAGGAAAAAAUUCUUCAUCCUCUUCAAUAAAAAAUUAGGACCUGA